ACGCAGUCUCGACCUCUGCCGCCGCCUCUCCCGACCCCUACCGUGGCACACUCGAAUUUACCACUUCGAGUAUAUUUUUUUGGCAGCUCGCCUCUACUUAUAGACCCGGGCCUCCCUCCUGCCAUGGCAUUGCCAUCCUUGUCCUUGGUCUCCAUCGAAGCAGAGAGGUAGCUCCAAGCAGAGCAGCGGCCGCUGGCAAUGACGAUGGUGAAGCCGGGCAAGAAGACGAGCAAGGGGCGGCAGAAAAUCGAGAUCCGCCGCAUCGAGGACAAGGAGAAACGCCAUGUCACGCUGUGCAAGCGCAAGGGCGGGAUUUUCAAGAAGUGCUCCGAGCUCCAGCUCCUCUGCGGCGCGCACGUCGCCGUCGCCAUCUUCUCCAAGAAAGAGGAGCAGCCCCAGCCUCCGACGGCGGGCGGCAGGCCCUCCCGCGGCGGCAACGUGUUCGCCAUGGGCACGCCCUCCGACGACCACGUCCUCCGCCGCUUCGCCCCGCUCCCCGGCGACGAGGUGGGCCUCCUCCUCCCCGCGGGCGCCGACGAGGAGGCAGAGGCGCUCGUGAAGGCGGAGAAGGAUUGGAUGAGGGCCGUCGGGGAGAAGGUGCAGCAGGCCGCGGAGGCGGCCGGAAAGCCGUUCUGGUGGGAGGCCGACGUCGAGGCGCUCGGGGAGGCGGAGCUGCCAGAGUUCGCCAGGGCGCUGCAGCGGAUCAGGGAGAUCGUGCAACGCGAAGCAGACAAGCUGCGGACCUCUGCUCCGCCGGCGGUUGCGCCGGCGGCGUGGCAUCCGUAGGGCCGGAGUAGGGGCAGUCGCAUUAAUUGCUGGGUAAUUCGAUUCAAUUACGGAGCCUCUUUGCUAGCUUAAAAUGUUUUAUUUACGUGCUGAGUAAUAGUACUACUCAGGUUAGCUAGCUUAUGGGUUAGUAUUACUGCUCGGGUGCACUACAUUACAUACGUA